GGUUGAAAAUGAGCCACAUCUGCUCCGGUUGCUGUCAUCACCGUUACGCGCCAUCUGUUCUCCCUCUUCUCCCAAAACUCCAAAACUAAACGCCUAAACAGCCGUUCCUCGUUUCCCUGACUGUUCCCACCUCUCCGGCGAUCUCCGAAUUUCUCCAGCUCUGAUCGCCGAACACAGUUUCAAUCUCAAGUCUGCUUCAAAUUCUUCCAUUCCAAAAGUUCAAAUGAGGACUGUUGUCUCCCGUUUGAUCCAUUCUAGGUCAUCAAUCUCUGGAUUCCAUAAAGUCUCUGCAUCCACGAAUGGACGAUUUCUUUCGACAGACUCUAACAAGGUUGAUGAAACAUUUAAAGUAGCAGAAGCUAAUAAUUCAGAUUCUAAUUCUAACAAGGUUGAUGAACCAUUUAAAGUUGAAGAAGCAGAGACUGUGGAUGUACUGCCCCCUCCAACGGAGAAGUUGCUUGUGUUGGGUGGGAAUGGAUUUGUUGGCUCUCAUAUUUGCAGAGAAGCCCUUGAUCGCGGUUUGACUGUAGCUAGCCUCAGCAGGUCUGGCAGGUCAUCUUUGCAUGAUUCUUGGGUUAACAAUGUGAUAUGGCACAAAGGAGACCUUCUCGCUUCUGAUUCAUGGAAUGAAGCUUUGAAUGGAGUGACAUCAGUUAUCUCCUGUGUUGGUGGCUUUGGUUCCAAUUCUUACAUGUAUAAGAUUAAUGGGACUGCAAACAUCAAUGCGAUUAGAGCUGCUUCAGAGAAAGGUGUAAAAAAAUUUGUUUAUAUUUCUGCUGCAGAUUUUGGAUUAGCAAACUAUCUACUGCAGGGAUAUUAUGAGGGAAAGAGAGCUGCUGAGACAGAGUUACUGACCAAAUUCCCUUAUGGAGGGAUGAUUUUAAGGCCUGGGUUCAUUUAUGGAACUCGCAGUGUUGGGAAACUGAAGAUACCUCUUGGUGUUGUCGGCACACCUCUGGAAAUGGUUCUUCAACACACAAAACCACUGAACAAGCUUCCGCUGGUGGGGCCUCUGUUCACUCCUCCAGUGAAUGUCACUGCGGUGGCAAAAGUUGCUGUUAGAGCUGCAACUGAUCCCGUUUUUCCCCCGGGAAUCAUCGAUGUCUAUGGGAUACAACGUUAUAGCCAGCAAAAGUCAAGAUAGACGGUCUUCGUUUUCACUCUAAAAGGAAAAAAAAAAAGGUUAAAAUAGACUAAUCGGAUUUUGAAAUUGCUCUCUUUUAUGGACCAAUAUAGAGCUUUCAAUAUGAAGCGGUUAAUAUGUUUCUUGUUAACUGUAAAUGCAUAGGAUGUCUGCGGUUCAUGAAAUAAUCUGUAGAACCUGAGAUACCAGUUCUGUUCCUUAUGCAAUAAAAGAUAAAACGGUAGCCAAUGUUGUGGCUGUGCGGUGGCUUUUUUU